AUGGAGGAACUCACUGAAGAGGAGCACAAGUCUUACCUGGUCGCCGAGGAGCACUUCAAGGUGCGGUUCUUGAUGGGCUUCAAGAAGAAUCGGGGUGGCUUCGUCAAGAGGGUCGAAGAAUUCGUCAUGCCAUCCUUCAAGCUGAGUAAUAAUCAGAUUGAAGAGAUCCCCAAUCUCAUCGGCUACGCCAACGCCUGCAUCAGAUACACACUUAGGCAUGCCGCCGGGCUACUUUGUAGGGCAGACGCCGCCACCUUCAUCGGUUUAGACAGAACCGCUCACAAGAUGAAGAAGGUAAAGGAAGUUUUAACCAACAUAGAGAAAGAGGGUUGUGGGACCCUUGAUCUGGUGCCCCAAGAUACAUCAAUGUGGGCUGAUGAGGUGGCUAGAAAUCAAGCUACUAUUUCACCCACCAAUGGGGGCAUCGACAUUAUUAGAAUGGUAGGAAGGGAUACUGAAAAGAAAAAGUUAAUCAAAUUACUGAAAAGUGAAGCUGAUGAGGUUGUCUCAAUCAUUCCUAUUGUUGGACUUGGUGGCCUGGGGAAGACAACACUAGCCCAAUCAAUUUUUUUUGAUAGUAGAACCAAAACCUUUGAUCUACGGGUAUGGGUCUAUGUGUCUAAGAAGUUUGAUCUACAAAGAAUUGGGGAAAUAACCAUAUCAACAGUGAGUAGGAGUACCAGUAUUGAGCCAAGCGAAUGGUACAUCACCCUAAAAGAUGGCAAUUUGCAGUCCAUUACUGAAAUGUUGAAAAGUAUGCUCCCUACCAAAAAGUAUUUGAUUGUUCUUGAUGAUAUGUGGGAGGAAGGUGUGGAUAAUUUGGAAAAACUAAAGCAUAUGCUGCAAUAUGGUAGGAAGGGAAGCAAGAUCAUAUUAACUACACGAAUGCAACAUGUAGUGUAUAAAUUGGAUAUUGGUGCUCUAGCUAGUCAAGGAAUAAUCCGCCCUGUGCGCAAGAGUGACCAAAUCAAUUUAAGCAUUUUAUCAGAUGAUGACUGUUGGAAUGUGAUGCGACAAACACCAUUCUGGCAAGAUGAGGAUCUAUGUGGAUUAGAAGCAAUUGGUAGACAAAUCGCCAAGAAGUGUGCAGGUCUACCACUACUAGCACGAUCUCUUGGAUUUUUGUUAUCCCAACAUAAGUCUACAGAGGCAUGGGAAGAUAUAAUGGACAAGAAGAUUAUUUUGGGUAUGGAAGAAAAUACUUUGUUGCAAGAGCCUUUGGAGCGCCUCAUGUUGAGCUAUUACUACAUGCCGUUAAAGUUCAAGUUGUGCUUCACAUAUUGUGCAGUUUACGCCAAGGGCUUUACUAUCGCUAGUGACAACCUCAUCCAGCAAUGGAGAGCCCUUGGAUAUAUUCAAUCAAUCGUCGAUGGCAAACACUGUGUCGACUAUUUGUUGGGGAUGUCUUUUCUUCAAAUUUCCAAGACUUCUUAG